UUGACGGUCAUUCCAGAAAAAAAAAGGUGGGAAAGCAAACUACAUCAACAUUGGUAAAGGUUAAUAUAAAAUGUAUUCACAACUCAAACUACUCGUUUUCGUAAGUCUGAUAUAUUCCUGUUAUAGUCAUGUUGUAUUGACUUUUCCACCAUCCCGUUCUCACCUGGAUUUUAAAGAUAACGUGCGAACGCGGGGACCUUGUGGAUCAGAGAGAGACCCUGAAAAUCCAGUAACCGUCUUGGUACCUGGACAGCUGAUAAAUGUCACCUGGCACUUGGCGUAUGCACAUCGCGGUGGAUAUUAUAUUGAACUUAUGCAAGAUGAUGUAGUUUACAACCUGACUGAACCUGGCGGUGAAUUCAUCUCAGGAGACGAUGCAACAAAGCUUGAGCAAACUGUGAAGAUUCCUGAAGAGGCAAUAGGAAAUUCAACGCUUCGUAUUGUCCGACAGGCAGCUGAAUGGUCAACUGGUAACCCCAACGUACCCUACCUAUUCUGGGCCUGCGCAGACCUUCUGAUUGACGCAAGGGCUAAUUGUAACCGAAUUGGAGAUGACACCCCUUGUUCAGGACGCGGUACUUGUAAUGAGCAAAACACCUGUGAUUGUGAUCGAUUAUCUUUCGGAGAAUAUUGUCAAUACGAAGAUGACUGCGGGAACCAGGCCGACUGCAACGAUCACGGACAAUGCCAUGACCUUUUGUCAACGUCAUAUCCUAAAAGGCAGUGCUUUUGUGAAGCCGGAUUCUUUGGAAGAAACUGUGAAAAUGAAAACCCAGCCGAUUUUACUGUAAACAUCAACAAACAGGAAUUCUUCAAACGGAACAUAAACUCCGAAAUAAAGCUAUUUUAUCGAGUCCUUAAGGACAGAGAGGAAAUUGAAAUUGCCAUCGAGGCCACGACAAAUACCUGGCUAGGAAUUGGCUGGAGACCGGCUGGCCUGACUAGCACAUGUCAAAGUAACUAUGAUGAUGACUGGUCUGAAAACGAGCCAGAGAGCGAACCUGAGUCCGAGCCUGAGGCAGAACACGAUGCAGAUUCAACAACACCGAGUAACAGACGUCGACGUCAAUCUGGUAAUGAUAUUAUCAUAAGAGAAAUGUAUACAGCAGACACUAAGUGGUGUUCAACCGGCGAAGGGGGUCAUGCCGAGCCUGAAGGAAAUCCUGAACCAGAAGGAACUUCUGAGCCCGAACCCGAAGGAACUUCCGAGCCCGAACCCGAAGGAACUUCCGAGCCCGAACCCGAAGGAACUUCCGAGCCCGAACCAGAAGGCGAACCAGAAGGCGAACCCGAAGGCGAGUCACCUGGAGGACCCCUUCAUCCUAUGGACUGUAUGGAUAUGGUGAUCGGUAUGGCAUAUGGCUCGACUAGUAAUAUUGGCGAUUAUUACACACGUGACCGUUCUUCUCCACUCAGAGACAACCUAUAUGGUGGAAUUGACCGUCUUGCCGCAGCAGGAGCCAAGGAGGUAGAUGGAGUUACAACGAUGGUAUUCAGAAAGAAGUUAGAAGGACCAGAACCUUCGGAUCAUAGCAUACGGAAUGCACCAAUGAGCGUCAUAUGGGCUAGAGGUCAGGAAUAUGGAGAGUAUAUACAUAGGCCGUCAAGUGGUAUAGAGGUAUGCACAGCAUCUCUCCUGGACUUCUACCGGCAAGACGAACUGAAGUACCAUGGAACGAGUAGCGAACAACGAGGGCUCAUCCAAGAUUUGAACUUUUAUGUUGAUCCUGAGGGUGGUGACACGUGUACCGGAAUGGUGAGAUACCCACCUGGCUGCCAAGGAUCGUCGUGUGAUUAUAUUGUCGAUUGGAACUUUAGUGAUACUACUGACAUCAAGUUUUCAGUCAGAAGCAAGGUGGAUGCAGACAAUUGGUCCGGCAUAGGCUUCUCU